AUUUCAUCGAUAAGUCUACGGUCACACCGACUUCACAACCAAUUGGCACAUGUUUUGAGAAGAUGAAUGAAAUCGAGAAUCUGUUGGAAUGUAUUACAAAUACAAAUUUGAAAACUCAAAGAAUUUACUUGAACAUGCUUGACGAAAAUGAUAUCAUUUGGAGCAAGAAACUUAUUGUGGCUCAACUGAUAACUAAAUUGGUUACGAAAAGAAAAACGCGUGCCCUCGGAUACCGGCUUCUUAUUUGUUACCUCAAUCAAUACUCCCUAGAAGUAUCGGAAAAAUCUGCAAAUGUGUGGUUGACAAUUAUAUUUAAGUCUUUAAAUGAAUUCGAAAUCCGUUUAUACGGGGAAAUUAUAUUUGAAGCAUUGGCACUACUCAUCGAAAAUAUCCAACGCGAUUUUAAUUUAUCAAAAGCAUUUGGCUCCGUACAUAUCCUUAAAGUGAUCGAGAAGGUUUCACUAAAUGAGGUACUUGCAGACGAUUUGUGCACCCUUUCUGCCCUUCACACUGUCGAACAAUGUUUGAAAUAUUAUCCAAGGAGUCUUAAAUCUGGAAAAGCUGUAAUUGAAAAGUUCUUGAUAAAAUUAUUAGACAGCACUAAUCCCGAUAUUGUCUUUCAAACCGGUGAGUGCUGGCUCUUAUUACAAAAAGUACGCGGUUCUCUCAGUAAUGGAGCUGAUAAUGAUGAAAGUCAAUGGCGAGAUUACCAAAUGACAUUAUUGGGUAGUCUUUAUUUUAUUAUAAACAAGACAUGUCCAAUAUCUGAGGAAAUAUUUGUUUGUCCAAUUGAGGCAAAACACUUAGAGCAUUUUACAGUGCAUUUAACAGAAGAUCCAGUAGAACGAGCCGCACAAGUCUGUCAGCGGUUUUGCAAUCUUAUCGAUUUUUUAAAGAUUGCCUUGAGCAAACCGUUCCAUGAUAAAAAAAUAAUUUAUACGCAACAAAUUUUGUGUUUUAUACAACGUGGAUUACAUGUGAAAUUAAAUAAUGAAAAUAAUCCAAAAAUGGAUUAUGUUUGCUUUAAAGCAUUGUUACCGCGAAUGCAUAUUAAGUUGUUGGAGCUUCUGGAAGUAUUGAUUGACAUAUGUCACACUCAUCUCAGGAUGCAUUUUCGCAUUAUAUUGAGCAUUUUACUGGAGUCGCUUGAAAGGACCAAAUUGCUUUUAAAGGAAGGAAACCAACUCCAAUUUGUAAAAUUUCGAUUAAUGGUUUACAAAGCAAUAUCACUAUGGUGCUCGAACUUAAAAGAAGGAAGUCACUGCGAAAUAAUCUCGGAGACCCUUAUAAGCGAAAUAUUAGAUGAUGUAACACAGCGACAGUCACUUUUAUCGACAGAGUCAAUAGAGAGAAAAACACUGGAGACUCCAUUUUCCAGGUUUAAUUACCUUUCUUUUAGUGAAAAUGAGAAAUUGCUUCGUAAAAAGGCCUUUUCUUGCCUUCACAUAAUUUUAACAUCGUCUGGUCAUUUAUUACGGAACUCUGUUACAAAGAAGGUACACAACGCUCUAUUGGAAAUUUGUAUUAAAAUGCAUGCAGAGCAUAUGAAAUCGGAAUAUUCGUCUAGACUCUGGAAUUGCCGCUUGGAUAUAUAUAAAAUAUUAAUUUUACUAUUGAAGUCGAGAAAUUACAGCUGUCCUGCACCAUCUGAAAUUUUAAUGUGCUUUUUAGAUGAAUCUCGUUUAUUUGAAAAUAGCCUUGAAGUACGCUUAAAUUCUCAAGCAUUAUUCGAAGCCCUGGAAUCAUCGCUGCACCCCCAAAAGGAAGAUUUAUGUUUUAAACAAGAAAGUUUUAAACAAGGAUGUCCAGAGCAAACAGACUUAACUAGAAAUAAUAGUACUUAUUUCAUAUCAGCGAUAGAUUUUAAAUUCCCAUUGAACUAUGUUAGUGACCGAGAUGAAAAAUCGAAUUCACAUUCUUCCACCCACCAAAUAGUUAAUGAGCAAGACAGCACGCAGCAGACCAGCUCAAAUCAACAGUUAGGUAUCAAAGUAAAUAAUUCUGAAAGCCACGAGGAAAAAAAUAUUAGUAACCCAAUAACAUUCAAAGAACAGAAAAUAAUGUUAUUACCUUUGUCUGGUGAAAUGCCAAUACAUAAUCAAGAUGAGGUUGGCUCAUCUCAUUGCGGGGGUGUAAAAUCGAUAGUAAAUUUACCUUUAAAAUGUGAAAAUAUGGAUGACGAUAAAUUGAUUGCCGAAUUAGAAUCCGCAUUUGUAAAUGAGCUUAACUGAAGUAUUAUUACAUUUUUUAAUAAAAAUGGUUAUUUUGA